AGCGGCACAGUUGAGCCCUCACCGGCCCCGGCACACACACUCGCACAUUUACUCUCUCUCUCUCUCCCACAUUGCUCUCUCUCGCGCGCACACACACACACACAGGGGCGCGCGCGCAUACACACACACACACACACACUCCGAGGCGCUCGGCUCAGUUCCUCCGUGGCUGCGGCGGAGUACAGAGGAGUCAGACAGAGAGGGAAAGAAAGAGAAGGAGAGAGAGAGAGGGAGGGAGGACAGGCAGCGGCGCGGACGUCAGGAGAGGGACGGAGUCACACAGAGAGAGGAAGAGACGGAGGCAGGGAGAGGAGCGGGAUAGCUGGUGGCUCACACUCACUCCUCAUCCUCACUUUUUCCCGGGACGGCCGCUGGUUUCAUGUCCAAGGAGGCAGAGUUGGAUGUGAGAAGCAGCGAGUGCGACCCAGUCCCAGCAGAGCCCAGCAGAGACCCGGAGUCGCCCAGGCCGCCCCCUCCUCCUCCUCCUCCGGCUCAGGUUAACCAACCCACCGGCGGUGUGAGCAUCCCGUCCAGCAGCCGGACUCACCGCAGCCUCAGCAGCAGCGGCGGUGGUGGUGGUGGUGGUGUUGGUGGUCAGGGUGGUGUUAGCAUUGUUAGCAGUGCUGAGGGAGCAGGCAGCUCCAUGCAGUUCAGCACCAGACCGCCUAGCGCCGAGCAGCCGGGCUUCAUGGGGACAUGGCAGCAGCAGAGCACUGACAGCAACCUCCUCUACAGAAUGUCCCAGCAGGGUGCAGUAACGCGGCUUCCUUUGAAGGGCGACAGGUCGACAAUGGGCCGAGAGCUGGACGAGGCCAUUCGGUGCACACUGGUGAACUGCACAUGCGAGUGUUUCCAGCCUGGAAAGAUUCACCUGCGGACAUGUGACCAGUGCAAGCACGGCUGGGUAGCUCAUGCCCUGGACAAGCUCAGCACCCAGCACCUGUACCACCCGACCCAGGUGGAGAUCGUCCAGUCCAACGUGGUGUUCGACAUCAGCAGCCUGAUGCUGUACGGCACCCAGGCGGUUCCCGUCAGGCUCAAGAUCCUGCUGGACCGCCUGUUCUCCGUGCUCAAGCAGGAGGAGGUUCUGCACAUCCUGCACGGCCUGGGCUGGACCCUCAGAGACUACGUUAGGGGCUACAUACUGCAGGAUGCUGCAGGCAAGGUUUUGGACCGCUGGACCAUCAUGUCCCGUGAAGAAGAGAUCAUCACCCUGCAGCAGUUUCUGCGCUUUGGUGAGACCAAGUCCAUCGUGGAGCUGAUGGCUAUUCAGGAGAAAGAAGGUCAGGCGGUCACAGUUCCCUCGUCAAAGACAGACUCUGGGAUUAGGACGUUCAUCGAAAGUAAUAACAGAACCCGCAGCCCGGGGCUCUUGACACAUCUGGAGAACAGUAGCCCCUCCAGCAUUCAUCACUUUGAGAAUAUCCCCAACAGCUUAGCCUUCCUCUUACCGUUCCAGUAUAUCAACCCAGUCUCUGCCCCCAUGCUCGGCUUGCCCCCUAAUGGCCUCCCAAUGGAGCAGUCUGCCCUUCGGCUUCGGGAGCCCAGCCUCCCAAACCAAGGAGAGCAGGUGGAGACCAGCGAGUCAGAGGUGUCCCUAUCGCCCUUCCGCACAGGUCAGAGUCCGAGUCGCGGAGUACUGGGACCCAUCAACAGCACUGAACCCAAGACGGAACCCAACAACUGUGCAUCUCCCAUCUCCCCGACCCCGUCCACCCAGCAAGCUCAGCAGCAGUCGUCCCUUCAGCAGCAGCAGCAACCGCAGCAGGGCCAACAGCAGACCCAAAGAGAGUCUCAGCAACACAACAGUCUGGGCGACCAUCAGGUGCAUCACCACUUCAUCAAGGAUGAGCCUUCGAAGUCCAUCAGCCAUCCUUCGUUCUCCUCCAAGAUGCAUCGUAUACGCCGCAUGGGAGCCACCUCACGCAAGGGUCGCGUGUGCUGCAACGCGUGUGGAAAGACCUUUUAUGACAAAGGCACACUUAAGAUACACUAUAAUGCCGUACACUUGAAGAUUAAACACCGUUGCACCAUUGAGGGAUGCAACAUGGUCUUCAGCUCCCUGCGCAGCCGCAACCGCCACAGUGCCAAUCCCAACCCACGGUUGCACAUGCCCAUGCUGCGCAACAACCGCGACAAGGACCUUAUCCGUGCCAAUUCCACCACAGGUACGCCUGUCAUCUCGAGCAGCAAGAACGGCAGCUUCACGCUCACCAGCCCCGGACGGCCACCGCUGGGUUUUACGACUCCCCCAGUAGACCCGAUGCUUCAGUCCCCGCUGCAGAGUCCCCUGGUGUUCCCUUCACUGAAAUCAGUGCAGCCAGUCCAACCAGUGCCCCCGUUCUACCGAACACUCGUGUCUCCAGCAGACCUCGUCAGCCCUCCAGUGUCACUGCCAACCAGCCCCAUCAUCCCCACCACUACCAACAGCACCACCCUGAUGGACCAGCAGCAGCAGAUCCUGGCUGCUGUUGUCUCGCACAACAAUGUUCACGUGUCAGAGGCAAGUCCAAUGUCCCACCGGCUGUGCACUGGUGGCAGUCAGGACCUCACCACAAGCUGUGACCCCACACCCAAAAAGAAACCUCGUAAAUCGAGCAUGCCAGUUAAGAUUGAGAAGGAAGUGAUUGACGUGGCAGAUGACUUUGAGGACAAAGAUGAGGAUGACGACGACACAAUCCAUCAUAAUCACCAGGCAAGUCUUCUUCACAACAAUAUUAAAAUCAACGGCAACUGCAACAGCAACAACAAUGGCGCAAGUGGCACUGGCCACCACAGCGGCGGCAGUGGCCAGCAGUCGCCCUCCCAGGAUGAGAUGAGUCCUGGCCUGGCCCUGAGGGGGAUGAUGAGGCAAAGUGAGGACGAAUGUAGGGAAGGGACUGGCAGCGACAGCAGAGGCGGCACUUCAGAGCUACGUUGUAUGGACAGCUUUACCUCAGAAGAUCAGGACCACGAGAGAGACUUUGAAAACGAGUCUGAAACCUCAGACUCCAAGAUGUUCUACCGCGAUGACCUGAUGGACGGAGAGGAACAUCAAAAGCACGGCAGGGGAGGAAGAGGGCUGGACAAGGAGCAUGAAAACGAAGCCCACGACGACGAACACUUGAGAAAAGACAUCGAGGGAAACGGUCAUUCCUCACCGUCUCCUCAUGGGCCUCCGAUCAAGAUCAAAGAAGAGCUCAACGAUCCGACUUACGACAUGUUUUGCAUGAGUCAGUACGGCCUCUACAACGGCGGCAUGGCGGCAGCAGCGGCCGCCGCCGCUAGCAUGGCUGCUCUGCACGAGAGCUUCAUUUCCUCCAUGGGGUACGGCGCGAGUCCACCCAAAUUCCCCACGUCUCAGUCGCCCGAAGGAGACCCGUGCUCCAGCCCUGACCCCAAGAUCUGCUACGUCUGUAAGAAGAGCUUCAAGAGCUCCUAUAGCAUGAAACUGCACUACAAGAACGUGCACCUGAAAGAGAUGCAUGUGUGCACGGUGGCUGGCUGCAACGCUGCUUUCCCCUCCCGACGGAGCAGAGACAGGCACAGCUCGAACAUCAACCUGCACCGCAAACUGCUGACCAAAGAGCUGGACGACAUUGUCCUCGACCCUCAACUCACGCCACUGCCCAAGGACCUGCGAGCCGAGUUUCUGGCCAAGCUCUACGCCGGGCACCACAUGGGUUUGGACCCGAUGGCCAGGAUGGGCUUCCGGGGCGCCGCCCUCGGCCUCCCUGGCCUGACCCAUAACCCCCUCUCCCACAUGAGCAACGAAUACCCCCGCCAUCCCUUCAACCACGACCUUAGAAACCACCACACCAACGGCCUGUUCCGGGGCCAGCCGGACAACUACAUGGUGCUGGACCUGAGCACCACCUCCAGUGUUCAGUCCAGCAGCAGCAUCCACUCCUCACACGAGUCCGAAGACGGCAGCGACGAAGGCAUCCUCCUGGAUGACCUGGAAGAGGAUGAGGAGGAGGGCAACAGCGAGGGAGAGGACCUCUCCCGGCGGGCGGAAGGCGGACAUCAGGAUGAGACCGGAGAACUCAAAGGAGGACAAGAUGAGGGGCUGGACUCUUCCUCGUCGCCGUUCCUUCUUUCGUCCACAGGGGGCAGUAAUGGCAGCAGCGGUGGGAUCCUCUGUAACAUCUGCCACAAGGUAUACAGCAACAAAGGGACCCUGCGCGUGCACUACAAGACUGUGCACCUGCGCGAGAUGCACAAGUGCAAAAUCCCCGGCUGCAACAUGGUGUUCAGCUCCGUGCGAAGCCGCAACCGACACUCUCAGAACCCGAACCUCCAUAAAAACAUGCCCUUCUCUACGAUUCUAGACUAAACGACGACUCCCGUCUCCUUCAUUCCUCCUCCAUCAAGCUGUAAGCCCCGUCCUUUGUAAGUCACUGCAAGACAUUACUCUCUCCAUGUAUAAAAUGAUUGACUCUAGAUGAAGUUUGUCAUUGUGUCCUUUGACUUUUCCUUCUUUGGAAGAACAGGAUGACGCCAAUCGGCACGGAGUUUUACUUUAUAGCAAAGCUCCAGGUGAUUUUACUCGUCAGCCCCUCCAUCUUUUUUUGUUUCGAUCUUCUACUCUGUGUUUACGUCCAAAGAAUCUGUUCAAACUCUUUAUUUGUGACUUUGCCUGCGGAAACAAUAGUACUGAGAAAAAAAGAGAAAAACUUCUUGUUGUAUUUGUGUAUCGAUAACUUUUAAAUGGACCCCUUACAAAAAGCAUGACAGCUCCAUUUGUAAAUAACGUCCCAAGAGGCUUUUUUGGUGUAAGAGUUGUGUUGAUGGUUGUUUGCUUCCUUUUUCUCUCUUUUUAUUGGAUUUAUGUUACAGUACAGUACGAUACUUCCACCUAUAGGCAAGAAAGAGGUAGCAUCCUUAAAGUUCGACUCAUUUACGUUGGUCUGAAUCUGAUUCAUGGGGGAAAAAGCCAAGAUCGUGUGAAUCGUUUUAACUGCUUGUUAGAUAUUCAGAGGUGGCGGCAUGCUUCUUUUAGGCUCUUACACUGAUAUCAUGCUCCGUAUUUUCUGUUUUUUAAUUUCUUUUCUGUUUUUGCACUUUGCAUCUAUAAAGGGGGAAUGUGUAAUAAUUAAUGAGGAUUUCUGCAAUGGUGAAUUAAAGUGGGGGUCCACGGUGGCUUCGUUGCUGAUCGAACGCUUUCCUUCAAACGCUUUCUUUCUGCAUGCGCUCAGUUUCGAAGCCUCUGAAAAAAACCUGAAAUGUUUCCCAACUCCUUUUUGACCUAGUCAAAGUAAACCCAGAUUAAGGCCUAGUUCACAUGUACUUGAGGGAAAGUAAAUUACAUUUCAUCCACACAAAAACUCAGUUUUAUCAUCACUAAAAACGAUUAUUUAUGAAAACUCCAACCAAACUGGAGCUUUGAGAAAACUCUGCAUGUUUUUGUUUACUGAAGUGAAUCACCGAAUUCUGCAGCACAUCUAAAUGUUGAGGUUGUCAAAGUCAAGCUAGCGUAGCUGACCUCUCUAACCUUUGCUAACCUGUGAAAUGUGAUACACUUGGAUCUUGUCUAGUUGUCUUAUUGUUGGCAAUUAGUAGAAAAAACUGCUUUUUCUCUGCUUUGUCAGUCGUAUGUUUAAGAUUUAGCGUGUUGACAAGUUGGCCGCUGAAUCCAAUGACAGUCAUAUACAUACAUGUAUUUGUCCACCAAACAAACCCCAGGCGCCAUGUUUGACUCCCAACAGGAAGUCAUGGUUGUUUUGCAGCGAUCUGAGUGGCUGGUGUAGUUUGAGCUUGGCGCUGUGCUGCCCCCUAUGGGUUUGGCGUGUUUAAAACAACAACCAGGGACGGAUUUGUUUGGGUUUAUGUGGAUGAAAACUUUUCUGAAAACCAUCCCAUGUGUACGAUAUUUGUUUUUAUAAAUACCCAGCUACGUGUGUACAAGGCCUAAAUCUAUAUUAUAAACAGAAAAAGGUUAAUAGGAUGAGUUUGUAUUUUAAGAAAUAAUUGGUGUUUUUACAAACAUCCGCAGAUUUAAAUGAAAAUCUUCCAAUGUGACCAAAAUGCAUGAGUUUGCUUAAGGAAAAGCUCUUUCAGCAAGACAUUGUCUUUAAAAUCACGCACCAUUUAACCAAUACGAUGCACUUGAGUCUUAAAACGUUAACUGUGAUUUUCGUUGUUUUGUUUCUUCCACCGCUGAGCCCCACCUUCACAUAUAUUCUGCAAAUGUUGUUUUCCUUCCUUUGGUUGCAAAGAGUCCCUCACGGUACACACAUUUUAAUUAAUUGGAAAAGCAGCCAAAGGAAAGGGUAUUUAUUGGUGGGUGAUGUUUGUUGUCCAGUGAAGGUUUUGGGGGUAUUUUUGUAAAAAAAAGAAUCACAUCUGUUACUCUGUAAGGAGAUCUUCUCUUACUCGACUGGUGCUACGCAGCAGUGGGAAACGAGCGUUGUGCCGUUCGGUUUUAACACCUCCUUGCAUCCAUGGCAGCGUUGACUUCCUCUUCUUCAGUCAUCCUGCUGCGGACGUCGUGACCCGCUCGGCUGAAACCUCUCGUGCGUUUUUUAAGACUCCGCCUACAGGAGGCACCCGGUCCUCCUGCGCCUCCUGUCUGAGAUAAAGAGGAGCUGAGGUUGAUGGAAAGGUUGCGGAGGUGGAAGGCUGACUAGGGAGGAAAGGAUGACAGCAGCGAUCAUUAAAAAUGUGCUGCUUCCCUGUUACCUGGAGGCAUCCCGCCAUUCCAGCUUCUUCUGUCUAAUAACUCACAUGUCACUUUGUUACACUGCCAGACGUCAAGGUUGCUGACAAGACUGUGACACUGACAGAGGGAGAAAAGCCAGGGAUGAGAGUGCGCUCCAAACAAUUUAAUUUGACUCACUCAAUUAAGCUGAAUUCACUUCAUCUCUUCAUUUUCUGUGCUUAUUCUCCUUCAGGGUUGGUAGUAAUUUAUUUCAGUACUUUUUUCAUCCUUCCUCUUUGUCUGUCAGAGCAGUCGUUUACCCAUUCCUUCAUCCUGCUGCUCACUUACCACCUCCACACGCCGCAACGCAGAUCCUACAGGGACACGCGCUAAUAGUGUAUGCUUAAGUUCACCGGACGGCCAUGGCAUAGCAAAAAGGGAUGGGUAAUUGCCUGUUUAUCCCAAGUGAAGGGAAAAUUGAGUACAGGAACCCCUGCCUUCUCCCUGGAGUGAGCUUCAGCGAGGCGCUCGCUGCCUCUUCGCUCAUCGAAUCGCUCCAGCAGAAAUAAAAAAAAGUGCUUCAGCAGGAACCCUGCUGACGGCUGUCUCUCCAGCACAGAAACAUCCAAAGUGGCAGAGACGCUGGAGAGCGGCUGUCCCAGGAUGAUACGCUAACCUGUAGUUAUGGAAAGACAAACGUUCUGCUCGUUUCUUUUAGUAGCAACGUCACACCAGGAAGCUGAUGCUCCCUCACAAAGAAACCAGAAAGGAAUCAUACAUCUUACUUUAAUGCUAGAUACUCGUAAUAAAUUCUGAAAGCAUUUUUCCUAAGGAGAAGAAUCCAUUUUAAAAAGCAAAAUAACUUUAAAAGUCAGGUUGUAUUUCAAAGAAAAAGAGUAAAAAUAUGUCUUGAAGAAGAUAAUAUCUGUGUAGUUCCACAUCAGGUCUAAUUAUUUUACAUUUAUUUCUAGCGAGGAUCAAAUAUGUUCAAAAGCUUCUUUUGAAAUCCCCUUUGGCUAUCCGUUAGCAGCUAACCGUUAGCCACCGUUAGCAGCUGGCGGUGGCUAACGGCUAGCUGCUAACGAUUGCUAACAUUUACCUUGUCUCUAUUCUGAUAGUGCUUCCAAAUCGUUCCAACUCCCGUCUCUCAUAUCUUCUUGUUUCCUAAAACUCAAAAUCCUUCACAAACUGUUUAAAAGUGAUAAUUUACAUAUUUAUAAGACAUUUCAUCAGAUGAAAGAAAAGAGUUCAGUUAGAACCAUGACUAAACAAAUCCUUCAACAUUCAGCUGCGUCCCUGUAACAGUUUCCUUUUGUCACUAUGGUUUUCUGUUAAAAUGACACUUUUGAGUCUAAAGCAGAAAACAAGACGUGGUGCAGCUUAAAGCCACCAGCAGCCAGAAACAUCUGGGAAAACGUGACUGGAGACAUUUUGAGAGAAAACGGUAUGGAGCAGUCAUCUGACACGCAGGAGACGGAGCGCUACGCACCCGUUUCUUCUUCUUGAUGAUUACAAAUGGCCGCCGGAUUCCCCUUCAUUCGAGGUUUUUGUUUGCUAGCUUUGACACAUUCUGCUAGCCGGUGACCGUCCGUUUCACUGAGCCCGCUUUGUCGGCCCAAACCACCGGACAGAACCUUAAAUUAUGUGAUCAGCCAUUAUUCCACAGCUCCUCACGGCACAAGCAGGGAGCCGGGGACAAAAUGGCCGCCCUGUCCAUUUUCUUCAGAUUGAGUGAGGACAAUAACAGAGAGGAUGAUGGGUGCAGCCAAUGUAGCUGGAGGUGAAAUGUUUGGGACGUCAUUAUGCGGAUUAAAGAAAAAUCAUGUUGGUUUGUACAGAUCAGAAUCAACUCCAACUGGAACCUCUGAGAAUAAAAUACUGUAAAUUAAUAAAAUGUUUUACAUUCGACUUUCUUUUUUUUUUUUGCAGUCUUAAAGUAGAAAUAGUUCAAAGAGCUGGUGAAAUUAGAUUUUUUUUUAUGUUCGUUCACUCGUGUUUUUGAGUAUCCGAUGCAUUAGUGUCUGUGUUUAAAAAAAGCCUGUGUUACAGCACUCGACAGCGUUGCAUGGCUUCAUAGUCGCACUGCAAAAAACUAACAAAGAAAAAAAAAGAGGGCAAAGGAUCACUUUGCUGUUAAAAAGGUGACUUUGGAAGCUUCAUUGAUACUGUAUGUUACCUGCAGAGGUGAUCCCAUGUGCAGACAGAAGGACAAAAAUGAUCCUUUUUAAGAGACUUUUUCUUUUUCUUUAUUUUUAGCCUUUCUUGUAUUUGUUUCUGUAUCAUAACUGUCUAUGUUUUUUUGCAUAAAAUGCAUAAGGGUUUUGGGAUGUAAAUGGAAUUUUAUUCAUAUUUUGUCCAAAUACCUCUUGUAAUUUGUAUCAGAAUUCUUGUACAAUUUUUAUAUUAAAGAUUUAUCAGUCA